GGAUUGGAGGGGGGGAUGUAAAUCACCCCAUUGCAUCCCCUGGCACAGCCUGCUGUGUGCAGAGCCCAGACACUGCUGACUCAUCAACAUGAGGUCACCACUAGGUGUAUAUGCUGCACAAAGGGAGGUAGGGGCUGACCGGCUGAUGGGACCUGUCAAAAGGGUUAGCUGGGGGGGGGAGAGGGUGACUUGCUGACUCACUUUCUCACUGGGCGAUAAGGCAGAGAAGGGUGCAAGUUCAGGAGAUGGUUGGGAAGGGGAUUCACCUGAGAUUCUUCCUCUCUGCUACUUGUCUAUAUUUUGCCUGCAUUCAAAAUGUUGUGACAACUGUAGCUUUCUGAGCAUAUGUCAUACAGUGUAUAUCCAUGUGCAGUUUAUGUGCAUUAAGACAGAAGUAACUGUAUGUGGGGAGUGUGUGUGUGUGUGUGUGUGUAUGAGGGAGAGAGAGAGAAAGGGUUACUUGGCAGAACUUUUGUGAGAGACCCAUUCCUAAGUGCUUGUAGAUUUAUAUCAGUAUGUAUGUUUGCCCUGUCUGCUCACAUGUCCUCAGUGCUCUCUCUGUACAUGUAGGUCUUAACUUUACUGUUUUGGCUAGCUUUAUAGACUCUGUAAAAUGGUAGUUCCUGAAUACCUUUAUGGAAAUUGCUGCUACUUGUCUAUGCCGUCUUUGUCAGACAGGCACGAUGUCCUCAAGGACUCUGUGAAGGUGCUUGGCAUGCUGUCACACUGAAGUGGGAAGGGCACAGAGAUGCAGAUUCCCUUGUUUGUGCCUGCACAGCUCUGCUUGAUUUGUAUAAUGGAGCACGUCUGUGCAACAAGUGCAUGCUGUCCUACCCUGCGUCCCUUGUGUGAAGUUCCCACAGUGAAGCUAGCUGAAGCAUGCUAUCGUCUACAGCCACAACUCUGGAGGGCAAUCUGUCCUCUGCCAGUUUGAGAGCGGCUUGGCUACUGGGGACUGGGCAACUUAAUCAGUAUGUCAUAGAUAUUUAGAUUGUGAUUAUAUGGAGAUGGUUUGUGUGACAAUAGCUAGCUGCGGUUUGAUGUCCUUUUGACGGAGAUCUCCACAAACUGAUUCUAAUUCUAAAACGGUAAUGUUAGAAGGACAGAGAAAGUUAAUCUAGUCUGAUUCCAUUCUCUGUAAAAGGAUACUUCAAACCUAGUGUUCCUAACAGACUGAUGCGUAGCAUGUCUCUUUGCUGGUCUCAUUGUAGCAGGAUAGGAGAUGAUGAACAGCUGUCUUGAUUCUCAUUCUGGGUGUCUGACAUGGCAACCUGGACAAUGUAUUAUCCCUUGGAUAUUUAGAUAAUUGCAGUGACUUACAAAGUUUGUGGCAAAUAGGAAGCAAAAUAGAUGUGCCUUGUCUAGAAGCAUUGUACAGUACUUGAAAAUAAUGAUUCAAAGGUGUGGAGAGAGAUGAGCCAGCUCAGUUUUAAUUAUAAAUAUGAUGAGCUCCUCAGUGAUCAUAACUAAGGAGUCUGGCAGUCUGGUAGGAAGAGGUCAGGUUACUGAUUUUUGGUCCCCUUUACUUCAGUUCUGCUGAGUAAGAAGAAAACUUGUGUAAACAGCAGUUCUGAGGCACUUUCUAAGCAUAGUGGGGAUAUUGCUGGGGCCAGUCAUGUCUGCUUUGAGGAGACAGAAUUCUCUAGUGACUCUAUGUUUCUCAAAGUCUUAACUGGGUAAGCAUCUACUUUCAGGUUAAAUCUUCCAUAAGUGAGAAGUUAUAUAUAGACAAGCCCUCAUAAAACACAUGAAAGUCAUAUACUUGCAGAUAUGUACAGUAGUGUUGAAAGUACUGUUCAUACUUCACCUGUUGAAAAGCCUCCCGUUGCUGUUCUCGUCAUGCCCAUCUCCUUUCUCAUCCCUUGCAGCUGGGCCUCCUCUGAUGGGGCUGUCUCUGCUCCUGGAAUGGGUGACGUCACCAUGUUUACACUAGUUUGAUGGCACAGCUCUGUGAAUCAGGAAUGUUGAGAAUGGGGCCUGUGUUGAAUCAUGCGCUCUGCUGUCAGCUCUGUUGUGAGCGAAGAAUUGGCGGUGCUUGUGCUGAGUGCAGGCCUUUUGAGCUUGGCAAAAUGUGUCGAGGUUGCACUUUUUCCCUUUGCAGCCCUCGCACUUGGCACUUUCCAGUGUGAUCUUUCUUCGGGAAGCUGUCAAAAAGCUGAGAAAUCAGCAGUCUGGGGAGUUAGACCAAGUUUGUCUCUGUCUGGAUGCCAGUUCUCCCUGGCCAUCCUCCUUGCAUGAUGUUAAUAAGUCCUUCUGUGGCCAGCAAGUCAGGACUGUAGAAGGGUCUGGUGUCAUCCCAAUUUAUGCUGGGUACAGAACACGCUAAGUUUGGUGGGGAUUCCACUUCUUGACUGCCCUCUUUUGGCCUUUUAAAAUCUUUCUAGUAAUGAAAGUUGUGCUUGUCCUAGGCAGAGACGCAGCACACAUUACUCCUUCUGAUGAAACUAAGAUGCCUAAGUCUCAUAUACAAAGAUGAGUUCAAGUAUCUUCAUGCUUUGACCCAUCAGAGUGACUGAGGGAUUUUUUUGCUGUGUCUCAUCUUUUUCUCACAACAUAGACUUCCCCAAUAAUUUCCUGUGCAAUGAAAGAGAACUAUGAGCACUAAAGAUUAUUUCCAGGCAGCCUUAAUGUCAUCUCUUCUCUUCCCAGAUUAUAAUAAGUAACUUCACAUUCUAAACAUUGAUCUCUAGACAUUAUAUUAGAGUCCUGGACUUGCCCUAUGAAAGACAUUUUUGAGUUGGCUGGGCAGGGCACUAAGCGUAUUUACUCUCCCACUAAGUAUCUCUUUCCUGGGAUAUCUGUGGAACAUCACUUAUACUUGGCAUGGUGAAUCUUAUUAUUUCCUUACUUCUGCUGGAUUUACAAACGUAUGAUGGGUCUUUGCUUAAGCAGUUUCUGUACUUUAGAAAUGUUCAGAUCACUCUCACAUGAAUGCUUGCAAUGAUGCCUAAUACAUUCUCACGUCUUAAAAGAAAAUCCUAUAACAGGAGAAGGAGAUUGUGUUUGGAUUAUCAGUUCUAGUACUGUGGCUAUUCAUUGAGUGGAGGACUUUCGUUUACAGUUCUGCUGCUGGAGACCUAUAACUGCACAUGGUUUUUAAAUGGAGCAAAGUCAGAAAAAUGAAAGCAUAUACUGUUGAGAGGCAUACUUGUGAAUUCUGUAGCAUUUAUUUUACCAGUAUUGAAAGAACAUGAUUUUUUAAAGCAUUACCGUGAUGACAGAGGGAAGCCUUUGCUCUGUUGCAAAUUGUGUUUUGGGGGAUGGCAAUACUGUUUUCCUCCUAGUCUAUUCUCUGAAUUAAAAAACUUAACUAGCAAUUAAUGUCUCUUCCCCCCAUGUAUUUUUAGAAUGCUGACUCCCAAAUGGCGAGUCCCAAUACUGCCUGCAAUCAGGUUUUGGAUGUUAUAGCGCAGCAAGCUAAGUGUAUUUUCCUUAAAGAUCAGUAAUUGUUUGGAACCUACUUGUCAGUUUUAAAGACAAAAAUAAGUUGGUAGGUCCCUCUAGUAAGACAGUUGGGACCCACUGUGUUAGUGUGCAGUAAGCCUUUAAUCAGUGACCACAGCCAUAUCCUUUGGGCAUAAGCACUUUGCUUGUCAGCAGUUUUCGGUGCUCUAGGAAUAUCAGAGUUGUUGCUGGCCUAUUAGUGAUCUUGGAAAGCGCUGAAGCCAUCCCUUUUGGGGGUGCUGCUGGGGGACCGUUCCUUGGCUUUUGCUGACACUAGCUUGUCUUAAUUCUCUGCUAUAAAUGUGAACUGAUGUUUUAUGCAUUUAACAAACAAGAACAUGGGCUGUGUGGGAGAGGCAUUUAUUAUGCCAUGUAAGUGCUGAUGAUGUGCCUGGUGGGAGGUGGAUGUAAAAACAUCCCUGUCUGGAUGCACAUAGUGACUCCUCUGUCCCUGACACAGUCCUGGCCACACCAGCAGAUUUUCUUCUUGCUUAGGGAAAAACCGUGGCUUCUGAACUAUUCCAGACAAGUAGCCAAAGAAUCUGACUGUGAAGGCUUGCGUGUUAUGACGACCCCCAACAAAGGAAACAAAGCCUUGAAGGUGAAGCGGGAGCCAGGUGAGAAUGGGACCAGCUUGACAGAUGAAGAGCUGGUGACCAUGUCUGUGCGGGAGCUGAACCAGCAUCUGCGGGGCUUGUCCAAGGAGGAGAUCAUCCAGCUAAAGCAACGCCGGCGGACCCUGAAGAACAGGGGUUACGCCGCUAGCUGCCGUGUCAAGAGGGUGACACAGAAGGAGGAGCUGGAGAAGCAGAAGGCAGAACUUCAGCAGGAGGUGGAGAAACUGGCCUCGGAGAAUGCCAGCAUGAAAAUGGAACUUGAUGCCCUGCGCUCCAAGUACGAGGCGCUGCAGAACUUCGCCCGGACCGUGGCCCGGAGCCCUGUCACCCCUGCCCGGGGCCCCCUUGCCGCCAGCAUGGGGCCCCUUGUGCCCGGCAAGGUUGCCACCACCAGCGUCAUCACAAUAGUGAAAUCCAAAACGGACGCCCGGUCUUAGUGAAAGGAGCACUGCCUGGGCUUGUGUGUGCAGGGCAGUUAGGCACAAAGCUCAUCCGGAAUCCCCAAAGCACAACCCUCUCCCAGAUGGCCUAGCCCACACAGGCACACGCUGGCCUGCUUGUCACUGCAGUCCCUUUGUUUUUAGCUUUGUUCUGGUUGGUGUGACUGAUGGUAAUGCAACCCUUCUGUGUGAGCAGAACCUUCCACCCAGAGGUAUUCUGGGGACAGAGACUGAAGGACCUCGGUACUCUAGCCAAAGAGAUUCUCAGCAGCAUGGAAUAAAUUCUUGGGGAGAGAAGUCGCCCAAAGGGGGGAGGGCAGAGGUCAUAGAAAGUUGGAAGACCUGCUGUCAGUGAUGACUUAUACCAUUCUUCCAGGGUUGUGUGUCAGCUGUCCAGUCUGCUGCUUGUAAAUUGCUUGGUAUCAGUGGCUAUAAUGGGGGUAGUUUGUGUAACCAUGUUUAUAUUAACAUCUAGUUGCGCCUUUUAUGUUUAAAGGUGGGAUUCCUUAGGACUAUUCCUAAAAGGGGAGGGAAGGGGCAAAACUGCAGUUUCCUGGUGUCUGUGCUGCUGAGAAGGGAAAGGAGCCAGGAAUGGGCACUCUUGUAGCCUGCCUGUCAGGUAAAAGGCAGGUUCUACCGUGGUGACUACAGGCUGGUUUUGUGCCUAAUGUGUUGCACUGAACAAGACCAAAAUCACUAGUUGUUUCCUGUGUUUGGAGAGUAUCAAGUGUCUCUAGUGUGAUGGUUUACACAAGUCUAUGUGGUUUUAAAUAGCCCUUUAUUUAAGAGAGAAACAUUCAUUUGAAAGAAUUCUUAAAUGAUCUAAGUCUCAAAAGUAAAACUGGAUGAACAACUUGGAUUUAAUAGUCUCCUUUUUAACCUGAGAAGGGUGAGAAUAUUUGACUGUCAUAUUCCUGGAGACUUUGCUAAUUUAAAAGAAAAGAAAAAGAAAAGCAAAUUUUAAAAGUUUCUCGCUAAGUCUUUGUGGCUCCAAGGUUGUUUUUUAUAAAGAGUUAUCAGACUUUUAUUUAUAAAUAAUGUGGGGGGGGGGGGAAAGACAAAAAAAGGCUAGUCCUGUUUGAUAUCUUUUUGCAAUUGUACCAAAAGUGACUUAUUCUUGAACUCCUCACCCGCUUCUUUUGUGCUCCUGUUGUGUUUAGUUGUCUGUGCUCUGAGGUCUUGUGUGGCGCUGUGAUGUGAUGGUGCCAAUGGCCAUCUUUGCUGUGUGGAUGUCCUGUGAGCAUUCUUUUUUUUGCUUUUCCUGGGCUGAGGGCAGGGCUUUCUUGGGCAUUUCCCAAUGACCUUCUGACGAUCCUCUCAUUAGAAGGUUUAUCUGUUUAUGAUGGCCUCACUUCCUCGGCUGCUGAAGUCUGAGGUAAAUUGGCUCUUCUAGGGUGUUGCUGAAACUGAAUAAAUCAGGCAUAGGCAAACUUGGCCCUCCAGUUGUUUUGGGACCACAGCUCCCAUCAUCCCUAGCUAACAGGACCAGUGGUCAGGGAUGAUGGGAGCUGUAGUCCCAAAAACAUCUGGAGGGCCGAGUUUGCCUAUGCCUGGCAUAAAUUAUAACUGGCAGACACUCUUGCCUUCCCCAUGCCACUUUGCAUCACAGAGUUUGCUUUCCUGUGGAUACUGGGUCUCCAAUGGUCAGUCCCAACAUGUAAAAAAGGUUGGUUAGAGGAGGCCACUGCCCACGCUGCAGCAACAUGAAUCAGUUAGUGGAGCUGACAAUGUAACUAACUCCAGUAUUUCCUAGGGUUGGGCCACAGGCUGCAUACAUCUAGGUUCAUUCCUUGGGAAGAAUUAUUUUGCUGUCAAUGCUACCAUCAACUUACCUCCUGGCUGUUUUUUUCUAUUCUUGGGCAUGUUGAGAAGUACUUGGGAAGCGCCAAUGGAAACUCCAUAGAGAUUCAUGAAUGUGUGAUUGUCAGUGUGACCCAGGAAAAUCCAGCUUUACUAUUUAUUUUCUGGAUACUCAUAAAGUGUUGUUGGAAGCCUGGUCACGAGGUUCUCCAAAGGAGAACCUUCUGACAGCCUGCUCUUUUCUGAGAGGAGGAGUUGCCCUGCCUUCUGUGCUGCUACCCAGAAGUGUUUGGUUCACAGGGAGCAGGUGGUCAUCCCAUUAUCAAGAGGAGCAUGUUGGGACUUUGGCAGUAUAUAUUUGUCAGGCUAUCUCUCUAGGUGUGCGCUUAAAACUUGGGGCUUUGCCUAGAAAACUGUGUUCUUCAGAGCAAGCACAGCUAGUGAGUCCUAGUCAAGACCACGUUCAGAAAUCUUGACUGAAGCAGCAUAAGAAUAGCAGCAUAAUUGGCAGAUACUAGAACCCUCCAGCUGUUACGAUAUUGCCAGCAGGAUCGAGAAACUUGCAUAGCUCAGGCUGGGCAGUACAGAAUCUGGUGGCCUUUCAAACUGACAUUCUACCAGAUUUGGCCUUCACGGCUAAAGAGAAAAACUUCAUGGCCAAUUUUGAAGCAAAGAGGUCAAAUUCGUAUAAGCUGAAGGGCCAAAUUCCUACCCAGCAGAUACCCAGGGACAGCACUCAACAAUUUCCAUUGAAAAUGUUUUUUCCAUCUCAGUUUGCUGAAAAUUAAUUCCCUGGAGUCAUCUUCCGAAUAACCCACUCAGUGUGAGAAUUUCACUGCCUAGAACAUCUCUUAGGUGCAAGAAAGAAAGAAAGCUUUAAAUGAGGAUUAGUUGUCGAAAGUCCUCUUCUUGAGCUCUUUCCAACUGCAAGCUUGCUGUUUGCAAUCUAAAGACAGGGCUGCUCUCUACCACCAGUGGUUCUUGUAAAUAUCACAACCAUUCUUUCGACAUGGCAACCUGGGGUGCUUUUCUGCUGUCUUUUGAAUGUGUAGACUGCAAAUAUGCAGUUGGCAGUACAGGAACAAGGAAGAGCAAAUGGAAAAAGAGCGGGGUGGGGUGGGGUUAAAUAACAAAAGAGCUCUGGUGUGGAUGUACACUUAGCUUUGCUGGAGAUUCCACCAAAAAUCAUAUUGGCUACUCCAUACUGCAUAUUUAGAAAGAAUAGGUAAGAGGCUGCUAUUGGCAAGGCAGCACCUUUCCCCUACUAAGGCUGUUAGGUGUCCGACCUGAAAAAGAUUGAAUUGUAUGGGGUAUGUUAGGGCUGCUGUGGGUCUGAUGUCAGCUUGUAAGGUCUGGUAAGGCUCCAGGGAUUUAUGUCUCUCACUCCUGGUUUAAAAGGUUUAGAAACCAUUGGAGGAUUGAUUAUGUAGGAUUGCUGGGUCCAGAGCUGUCCUACCUUUUAUUGUUUUUUAAUCCUUCUACCUCUCUGUACAUCUUUCCCUCCCAUCUUCAAGCUGUGCAUAUUUUCUUCCCCUUAUUGCCUUCCAUUUUCUAGUCCUUGCCAAAGAAAUCCAAAUUCUGUGAAAACCAAACAGUUGUAAUCCGAGGAAGCAAUAUUUAUGCAAACUUGUCAAACUGAGAAACCACAAUAGCAUGUAACUUGGGUUUCCUGGUCACCAAACUGACAAGCGAGAGGUGGGGUGUGUGUGUGAAGUGAAAUCUUAGGUCACGUCAUAGCUGGCUUUUGAGAGUCACGUGAAGGGCAGUUCCAUGGGCUGCCAUGCUCCCUUGAUGAGCAACAACUCUUGAAUGCCAGCUGUCUGACCUCUGCCUGCCUCUCCAUUGGCAUUGGUGUGCUUCUCUGUACUGUAUACUGCUCCAUGGAAAGCAGGGCGACGACACCUUUGGUGGUAACUUUGAUAUUUAAACACAGCUUGUAUGAGAAAGUGAAUGAGUGGGGCUGUCUUUCUGGGGUAGAAGUUUCUUUUCAACAAACCUUGUUGACUCUUAUCAUGGACAUUUUGUCCAGAACAGUUCUUAACUGCUUGCUGGAGUUGGCCGGGCUUCCAUUGCUGCUUCCUCUUAAUGGGUUGUCUACUGUUUCCAUCUAGAUCUAGGAUAGCAAGAAGGGCUUCUACUGAAAGUCUCUCCUCUAGAGUUGCAACUCGUGCCCUUUCCGAGGCCUCAAGAGGCGAGACGCUGUCCACAGCUGGGUUUGUUGGAAGAAGUUGCAGGUGCAUCACCUUGAAUACAGCAGGUGUGUUAUCAGGCAUGUUCUGGCUUUGGAAAGUGGGAAGGAUUGAAAUGAAAGUGAUGGAUCUUCCGACACUCAAGGGGCCCUUCAAACCUCCCAUCUUCCUUCACCCAGUUUCAGUCCGUCUCCUACUGUUUAUGAGUUCUUUCCAUCCCAGGUGCCCCUCUCAAGCCCUUCCCCUUGAUUUCUCUUUCUGGUAUAUAGAAUUUGGAGUGUGAUGGUUCUUGUUUUCGAGGUGCUUGUUUGUUUGGUUUUUCUGCUGUGAAGGGUGUUGUGUGUUUAUUUCUCCUUUUUUUAUUAUGGGGCAUUUUGUUUGAUGCAACAGGUGGGGAGCUUUGCUUUCUACUUAGCUGCAGAGCAAGUACGUGAAGUAUAAUUCCGCCCACAUGUGGCUGGCUUGUGGCGGGGAGGGGGAGGGGGGCUCGUUUUAUGUCGUGGUGAAUUGUGUAAAAGUGAUCUCUUUGAUUAUGGAACAAUUAUUUUGCUUUGGAAAAAGCAAGCAAGACUGCAGGCUAGGACUAGGGUAUUUGACACUUAGGCAUGGGUGGGGAUUGCUCAGCGUUUGCGCAUGGGGAAUGUGCCCUCAGGUUGGAUAGCUGUGAGUGUGUGAGUGCAUAGAUACAUGGACACACACAUCACAUGCAUUUAUUCUUAAAAGUCAUGCAUUCCUUGUGUCAGAUGUUCCUUUUUGCAUCUCUUGUGCCCUUGGCACACUCCAGAGAUGUUGCAAGUUGGCCUUGGCAGGGGGUUGGACUAGAUGACUUUUGAGGUUCCUUCCAAGUCUAUGAUUCUACGCUUUCUUCAUAUGUUACCUUUAAACAGGAUUGGCAUCCUGUGUAUUGAUGAAGCUGCACUCAGAAUUGUAGCUGAGCUCCAGCGGCAUCUUGCCUUCCCUUCCACUGGAAAACGCAAGCACUUAUUGACAGCCCCCCUUUCUCUCUCUCUCUCUCUCUCUCUCUCUCUCUCUCUCUCUCUCUCUCUCUCACACACACACACACACACACACACACACACACCUUCCUGAUGUCUCAAGCUAUAUUUUGUCAGAAAAAAUGCUAAUGCACAGGAAGGUCAUUUCCUGUUUGAUAACAUUGCUGCUUUCUUUGAUACCUGCAGUAGCAGGUAGCUGUGGCUGCUAAAACAGAGGUUCUCCCCCAUGUUGAGAGACCAGGACAGUAUCUCAUGGCAGUCUUGCUGUGAACGUCAGGCAGGUUCUUCCAAGAGAUGAGGAUUUAUGUUUUCCUCUCCCGCUAUCUGAUGUAUACAAGCUCCGGACACUUGUGGCUGUCACCUGUAUGAACACUGAGCAGUUGAAGUGAAUAGUCUCCUUUCCCAAUGAAGGUAUGUUACUGUCUGGCUAAGGUAUGUUACUGUCUUGCUAAGGCAAGGGGGGUUGUUAUCUUCAGAGAGUUCCAAAACAAAUCCUACUUGUCGUUGCUCUUGCCCUCACCUGCAGUUUGUUCUGAGUUUAUUACACCCUUUGCCAAAAUGGAAUAUUAUGGAGAAAAACAAUACAAAUAAGAAUAUUCAGAGCACUUAAUGAGACGGGCUAAGGACUUUUCCUCCCCACCCUCCAGAUGUUGAGGAUAGUCCUUACAUAUAAGAAAUACACUGCUGCUUUAAAAUGUUUCUUAAAAAGGGGGGGGAGGAGUAUUUUGAUAAAUAAAUAAAUAAAUAAUCUCAAUCUCUAAAGCUAAUAAAACUGGAGAUUAAUUCUAUGUGCCAGGGGUGUAAUAGCAUAUUGUCAAGUCCUGGGGCUCUUCUAAACAAUGGGAGAGCCCAAUGAAUUAAUCAGUAUUUAUUGCUAAAUUAUUGUCCUUUUUCAAUCUGUAGAUAUCUGAUAACUGUUGGGGAUUUGUUGCCACAGCCCCAGUGGAGGUGUUGUUAAUUUAUUUAUGUAUAUAGUGUAUGUUUGUUGAUAUGAAGCAUUCUUUAUUUUGUAUAUGACCAAUAAACAUCUUUAAAGAGGCUGGUUCCUAUGA